CCAGGAUAUCUCCAAAAAUGAAGAUUUCUGUCCCUGUGUGCGUUUGAAAACUGCUUUUUAUUUAUUUAUUUUUUUUCUUUUGGAGUAAUGGGUAAUGGCUUCCUCCUCGCUGAACGGCCUUUCAGCCCAGGACACACUACGAAUUGACACCAUCUUACUAGCUUCAGGCAGCAUCUUCACAAGGCCUUUGACUUUUGUUCUGGAGUUUAUUUGCACAGUUAGGACCAAAAUACAGACACCUGUGGAACAUGGGAUCGCCUUUAAGCAUCUAAAUUUACUAAAAAUAAAAUUUCCCUUUCUAUGUUCACUUCUACAGGUCAUAUUUAUCAUAACAUUUAUGUUAAUCGCGUUAACAUGAUAAGCAGCAAGACUCAAAUACUUAUUAAAGAGUUUUCCUGUUAGGCAUGGGUCACACAGAUAAACAUUUUCUAAAUCUAAUACUGACGUUGCAGAUGCAGUCUUCAACUCACGGGUUCCCUCUAGUGGUCUUUUAAAAAAUUGCACUUUUUCCAAAUUAAACCGAUUGCAUCAUUUCAUCAGAUGCACUGGAUUUUCUGUUUAGAUAAUGCGGUUUUUAUAAUAACAAUGAUAUUAGUAAUCGUAAAAAUAGUAAUACUAAGCGUAUUUAACAGACCAUCUACUGCGCGUGCGUGGAGCUGUAAAACUGUCAGCGCGCUUUAAAUGUCUCCCCGUGCGCGCGACCGAGCUGUUGCGAGGGGCGAUCGGAUCGGGGCCGCGCGCAGGAAAGCGGAUGACCACCAAGGAGCUGUCACGUCACGGAUUCGCAGCGAGAUGCUGAGGUGACAAGCAGAAGAGGGAACGGCACGACCUUUCUCCCCGUCCCUCCACACACACACACACACACAGUAUUUCCCCUCACACCGGUUCUGUUUUUUUUUUUCCUCCGAUCACGCCAACACCGCCUCCCCUCUCCCUCUAUCCCCAUGGACGGUCCGCGCGUCAUGGCAUUCCUCUCGUUGUCGUACGCGCCGCUUCGAAACCUUGAGGAUAUUUUGUAACCACACCCGGCUCUUCUUUGGAUCAAGGAUUGCCGAGGUCUCUGCAUCAGCUUCCAAAUGCCCAGCCCCGUGUGAGGCUCCUGGUCGAAGGGCAGCAGCGAGGGCAGCGUCCCCGGAUCCACAGGCGGGAUGAGCGGGGGAGCGGAGCAAGCUGACAUCCUGAGCGGCCUCUCCCUAGUCAAGGAGCGAUGGAAAGUGGUAAAGAAGAUAGGGGGCGGCGGUUUUGGGGAGAUCUACGAGGCACAGGACCUGCUGACGCGGGGCAGCGUGGCGCUGAAGGUGGAAUCGGCCCAGCAGCCCAAACAGGUGCUAAAGAUGGAGGUCGCCGUCCUGAAGAAGCUCCAGGGUAAAGAUCACGUGUGUCGCUUCGUGGGAUGUGGCCGCAACGACCGCUUCAACUACGUGGUGAUGGAGCUUCAGGGUCGAAACCUGGCAGAUUUGAGGAGGAGCAUGCCUCGGGGAACGUUCAGCAUCAGCACCACCCUGCGUCUGGGGCGCCAGAUCCUGGAGGCCAUAGAGAGCAUCCACUCUGUCGGAUUUUUGCAUCGGGACAUCAAACCGUCCAACUUCGCCAUGGGCCGCUUCCCCAGUACCUGUCGGACUUGCUACAUGCUGGACUUUGGCUUGGCUCGUCAGUUCACCAACUCCUGUCAGGAGGUCCGCCCUCCUCGUCCAGUCGCAGGGUUCAGGGGAACAGUUCGCUACGCCUCUGUGAAUGCGCACAAGAACAAGGAGAUGGGUCGUCAUGACGACCUGUGGUCUCUCUUCUACAUGCUGGUGGAGUUUUUGGUCGGGCAGUUGCCGUGGAGGAAGAUUAAAGACAAAGAACACGUGGGGAAACUGAAGGAGACUUACGACCAUCGCCUGAUGCUCAAACACCUGCCGGCAGAGUUUGGCGUAUUCUUGGAACACAUUUCCAGCCUUGACUAUUACACCAAGCCUGACUACCAGCUGUUGAUGUCGGUGUUCGACAACAGCAUGAAAACCUACAACGUUGUGGAAAACGACCCUUACGACUGGGAGCGAACCAGCACAGACGGCACUCUGACGAUCAGCGCCAGCGCCACAACACCGCAGCAUCACACCCGACUCACUCCCGCGCAGAUGGGCAUUGUGAACGCCUCUCUGAUCCCCGGCGACCUGCUGAGGGAGAACACAGACGAGGUUCUGCAGGACGAGCAGCUGAGCGACGUGGAGAACAACCCCGGCCCCGACCGCGUGCCGGGCUCCCCCCACCACCAGCAUCGCAACCAGGAGGCCGACGUCUGGGAAGAGCUGGACCGAAACCGGAACCGGGUCAGGACGGGACACUGGAAGGCUGCGGCAGAGGAGGAACAAGGCAACAACCAGGCCAGACAAGGACACCAGAGCCCCUACGCAGGGCCGAGUCUGGGCUCUCCCGUCAAACCGCACUCGGAGGCGGUGGCUUCCGAUCGGGAGGGCCCUCUCCUGAGGAAGCUCCGCAACAUCCACAGCUUGGAGCUGGAAAGGAGGCUGGGCCUGGAGUCAAAGUCCAGCCCAGAGCGUCUCCUGGAUAACUGUUCAGGGAAACAGCAGUUUGGCGCCCAGCACCAGGCCAAGGAGGCUGCUGUCGUCCCAGCAACUCAGGGUCAAGCUGGGUCCGCCGGGGAGCGCCCCGAUCGCGUCUGGCAUUACGACGAGGAGUUCCUGUCCGGAGCUGGUUCUCCUAAACCGGCUUCGCCGGGGUCUUUUGAGCAGGGAGAGGGGGCGGCCAGUAGUGGUGGCUUUGUGGCGCUUAAUCUGAGCUCUGGGAGGCAGGACAUUGACUCGAGGGAGUGGGUAAUGGUGGAGCGACCCGGUGGCUCCCCCGGAGCCAAAGCCACAACAAGCCCAUCGGAGGAGGAUGAGGAGCCGGAGGUGCUCCAACCGGAGGAAGCAUCUCCCGGAUGGGAAAAGAGAAGCCCGACCCCUAACUCUGGCAAAGCCAAGCAAGAAAGCGCGGCUUCCUCCAAAGGAAGCGUAAAAGUGGACAAGUUGGAGCUCAGUGUGGGCCCCGGGGGGGCUCUGCCUCCUAUUACCCCAACCAGCCCAGCUGAAGCUCUGGCUGAGGGAAUCCUGACUCAGUUCCCCACCUCUCCUCCGUCUCUACCCGAGGAGGUCUUGGCGCGGACGUCCAGCCCCAUCCCGCUGCGCUCUCCCAGCCCUCACACCCUCCUCACAACGCUGUCGGACCCGCUGCACCUGCGCCAGUCAGCGGGCUUGAGGCGCAGCCAGUCCGCCGACCAGCAGCCGCAGCAGGAACGCCCGUCCUCCUCUACCUCCUCCCUCCCUCUGCCAACAAACCCUUCCCCGGGCGCUCGCUCGCCCAGUCGCAGGAAGCUGCCGGCCAUCCCCGCCGGUGCCGCCAAUGCCAAGUUCCCCUCAGUCAUACGUAUCACCCGCGCCCAGCUUCAGCAGCUGACAGCUCAGCGUCCUUCAGGUCUGUCCUCGCAGUCGGGAUCAGACAGCGCUCCACAGUGCCUCCUGCUGGAGAGGCGUGGUGAUGCUGAAGGUGAGACUCAGCAGAUAGACUCCCAGCAGGAACACGCCCCCACCCAUCCGGGGACGCCGACGGACCCGCUGGCUGAAACGGUGGCGAAUGGGGACGCUCACGCCAAAGCUCAAAGCCCCGUGCCAAGCCGCGCGUCUUCUCCUCGCUCCCCCCGCUCCGCCCACUCGCCUCCUCAGUUCUCUCCUCGCAGCCCCCUUUUUGCCAACGGCUGCGUCUCUCCGCCUUGCAAUGCCCGAGCCGCCGGAGAGCUCUUGAAACACAAAGACCCCAACAAUGACGCCACCCCGGCCCCAUGUGCGACAGAGGCACAGACUAGGGAGGAAGACAGGGGAAAUGUGACUCUUACCCCCUCCUGCUCCUCGUCCGCUGCCCCCCGCAAGGACUCCAGUCGCAGGCAAAGUCGCAUCCCUGUGCUUGAGCCCUCUAGCUUGCUCGAGCUCCCCCCUCCGGGGUCAGCCAAGGAGAAACUUUUGCAGAAAAAAGCCAGCCACCAUGGCCCCGUCCCCUCUCCCACCGCCUCCCCGUCCCUCUCUGACCGCCGCGGCGCCGCCAUAGCCUCCCUUGUCAGGGACCCGCUGUCGUCCGCCUCCGACCGCUCUCAGGACGAGGACUCCCUCGUCGGCUCCCGCUCCGACCGCCAGGGGGACGAAGGUCUGUCCUUGUCCUCCUCCUCCAGCCCCCUCUCUCGGAAGAGCAGGAUCCCUCGUCCCGUUCACUCGGCCGUCUCCGCAGAGCAGCUGACCGCCCAGUUCCUGCCGCGCCCGCCCCCGGGGAAGCCACCUUGUCGCGCCCCAGUGGAGGGCAGACUCAGGCGCUACCGCAUCCGGGCCGGCAGCACCAGCGACUCGGACCUCCUGUCGUGCAUCGCUCAGUUGAUGCAUGGCGCCCGCGGCUCCCCACUUCACCACCGCUCCCCGGUGCAGCACGGGACCUCCAGGACGGGCGUCUGCAGCCUGACCAGCUCCCCGCAUCACCACCACCAUCACCACCAUCACCACCGCAGCUCCAGCGCCUCGCCGCGCAGCUCCUCCUCGCUGCAGCGCUCCGUCAGCUCCUCGCCGUCCCGCCAUGAGCACCGCGGCGGAGGCGGCGGGGGCUGCCUGGGCCGGAGCCACUCGCCACCCAGCUUCUCGGGGUCGCCGCCUCCGCGCCGCUUCUACCUCCACCACCAGGAGACGUGUUGCAGUCGGCAGGCGCGCGCGAGCCCGCUCCACCUGUCCCGGGGAAAGGGCUGCAGCCGAGAGGGCAAGUGCUCCAGCAAGCUGAGCAGAUAAUUUCGCAACCGGAUUGUAAACGCCAUAGCAAAGGAAGUGAGGAUUCCAGUGAUGAUAGGAUAGACGUCAGUCGGAAAAUAAGCCUGAGUCUUCCUGUCCAGUCAGUAAAACACCUAGUUCCUCUUCUGUAUUUAGUUCCAGACCUCCUUCUCUUCCAAGUGUUCCCCUCCUCCCGUGUUUGCACACAGGGUUUGUCUGACCUUUCAGAUGUUUUGACUACUUGCUAACUUAAAUAUCAGCUUUCGUUUCAAUUUCAUCUUUCAAACUGAGCCUCGCAGGUAUAACUAGCAAGAAAAAAGAAAAAGGCUGCAUCCGGAUACUCGUUUUACUAAAGCUGUGUCUUUAUCAUGCUGCAGGCAGUAGUAUAACAUAGAACAAUAGCAAUGUUGAGCCUUUAACUUUGACCUAUCCUGUACAUUGACAUAUACCAAUCAGGCAUAACAUAACCACCCUCAGGUGAUGGGGCAGCUUUGACUGAGUAGUAGGGAGCAAGUGAAUAUUUUCUCCUCAAAGCUGAAAAAAAUCUGUGAGGAUUUGUGUGAGUUUGACAAGAGCCAAGUUGUUCUGGGUUCAGUAUCUCUAAAGCUGCCGUUCUUUUAGGUCGAUCCCUGUCUGCUGUGGUUGGUAUCAAUUAAAAGUGGUCCAAAGAGGGAGCAAUAGCAGGUCGGCGAAGUUGAGCGGUAUAAGCCGACGAGUCUGGGUGGAUCUGUUUGGUCCGACCAAACAAAUGAAAUACUCCAGCUCGAUUGCUUAAGAGAAUAGUGCCAUUUCUAAUAGAAAAGUUAGAAAAGUGUCACAACACGCAGUGCAUCAGAGUUUGUUGCGCAUGUGGCUGCAUGCAGCACCCUCCUCAGCAUGACGCUGGCCCCCCCAAAGCCCCCCCCCCCAAACCCCCUGUUCACUGCUGCACAACAAUGGCCAGGUGAGCAUCUGAACUGACCCAAAGCAAUGAAACGAAUUUUGGCCGGUGAAAGGGACGAAAUCACCUUUUCCUUCAGAUCAAAUGGAUCCCAGGAGAAGAGGUGUAAUGCUUUUGAUGAUGUUUCAUUGGGUUUUGUCACUUUCACCAGGUGGCUGUUGUAUUAUUGUAGACCACGCUGAACAUACUUUCGUGGAAGUGAUGAUCCCUAGUGGGUUUGGUCUCUUUUAGCAGGACAAUGUGCCCGACGGCGGAACAAAAUUGUUUCAGGAAUGCUGCUAGGUUUUGACUUGGCCUCUAAUUCCUCCAGAUCUCACUGGAGUCAAGCCAUUUUUGGAUGUGCCGAAACAUUUUUGCAACUUACGGGACCUAGAAGGAUCCUGGACACCCUACCACACUUUCUGGGGGUUUACUGGAGUCCAAAACCUCGAUGGGUCAGAGCUGUUUGGCAGCCGAUACCGACCCGCUACCAGGCAGGUGGUUAUAACGUUAUGCCUGAUUAGGUAUUAGUAGCGGUUUAAUCCUUGUUUUUUUUUUUUUUUUUUAAUGCACUUGGGAAUUACAGAGUAGCUGAUUCCAACUCGAUGAAGAAUUUGCCUCGGUUCUGCUUUUGGAGGCUGCACGCAGGGUAUUAUAGUACGUUUUUUGCUAAAGUAAGCUAUACUUUGUCUAAAGUUGUUUUUAUUGAAGUAUUUAUUGUAAAGCUUCUUCUGACCUCCUUCCCCAGACGUGUGACCCGUCACAUUAAGUGUUUAAUCGGAGGGAUCGCUCGGUGGCCCUCUAUACAAUCAGCCGUGUAAAGUGCGUGACAUCGCGCACCUUUUUGUGCCUACUGUGAUGCUGUGAGGUUAACUUAGGAUCUUUAGGACAGGAAUAAGUGGAUCAUGAUUUUUUUUUUUUUUUCUCAAGUGGUCACGGUUGACGUAGCCUGAACAGCAUAAGGUGCGUUACUGGUGAGUAAUGCAUGGACGCAGACGUUUCUCUCAGCAUGUGCCUUGGCACUUUGGGCAGCUUAAAGAUUUACUCUCAUGUGUUUGUAAUUUGGGAAUAAAAGGCCAAAAAGACUUGUGCCAGCACUUAAAAAGUUGAACCUUUACAUUAAUCUUUAUUUCUUUGACCAAGGUAGCAAGAUGGACAUUUUGUAGUUUUUGGACAAAGUAGCUCUUACUACUUGGGGGUUGGGGGAGGGAAGGUUAUAGGUUUCAGGGUUGAUGUAUAUCUAUGUGUCGCUGUUUUUGGCUUUGAACAAAAGCAACCUCAAAAAACAAAACAAAACAAAACAAAAAAAAAAACAACAAAAAACCCUCUGAUAAUACAGAAAAUCGAGGCCAUAUGAACAUGCAUUUCACAAAUCAAAACACUGCUUCAAACCUCCAUGUAUCCUGCACUGAAGACCGUUCCUGGCUGCUGUUUUAUCAAUUUUAUCUUAACUCCUUGCUACGCCUCCUCCUUCU